AUGAAGAAGCAAAAAUCAAUACCUGAACCCAACUUCAAUCGGUUUGAUCUUCUCUCUGAUGAGAUAGUUUUCUUAAUUCUUGAUUCUCUCGAUGACCCACUUGAUAAAAAAUCAGUUUCUCUUGUUUGUAAAUCAUUAUAUGCUAUUGAAUCUCGCCAUAGGAAGAUCUUGAAACCCCUUCGUUCAGAACACAUGAAGAAAAAUUUGAUUCGAUACCCUUUUAUUUCACAUCUCGAUCUUUCAUUAUGCCCGGUAAUUACAGACAGUUCUCUAGGUGUAAUAUCAGGGUAUUGUAAAGAAACGUUGAGGUCAAUUAAUCUUUCAAGGCCCAGGUUUUUUUCCCAUGUUGGAUUAUCAAAUUUGUUAGUGAAUUGUAGGAAUUUGGUAGAAAUUGAUUUGUCAAACGCCACGAAUUUGAAGGAUUUGGCCGCGGCCUCUAUAGCCGAGGCGAAGAACUUGGAGAAAUUGUGGUUGGUUAGGUGCAAAUCUAUCACUGAUAUAGGAUUAGGGUGUAUUGCUGUGGGUUGUAGGAAGCUGAAAUUGCUUAGCUUGAAAUGGUGUUUUGGUGUUGGUGAUUUGGGAGUGGGAUUAAUUGCUGUCAAGUGUAAGGAAAUUCGCAGUUUGGAUCUAUCGUAUUUGCCGAUCACAAACAAAUGCUUAUUUCAAGUCCUAGAGCUGCAACACCUCGAAGAUUUGAUUCUAGAAGGAUGUUUUGGUAUUGACGAUGACAGCCUUACAGCACUUAAACAAGGAUGCACAUCGUUGGAGACACUUGAUAUGUCGAGAUGUCAGAAUGUCAGCCACAUCGGUUUGUCUUCUCUAACUAGUGCUGCUGGAUGUUUGCGGCAACUUAGCUUAUCUUAUGGUUCUCAGGUGGAUCUUGCUCUUGCUGAUAGUUUGCAAAAACUGUCCAUGCUUCAAUUCAUAAAAUUAGAUGGUUGCCAGGUUACGUCUUCAGGACUUAAAGCCAUUGGAAUCUGUUGUGUAUCACUCACGGAACUGAGCUUAAGUAAAUGCUCGGGAGUGACAGACGAAGGACUCUCCUCUCUUGUAACGAAAUGUGUAGACUUGAGGAAACUAGAUGUCACCUGCUGCCGCACAAUAACUUAUGCUUCUGUUGCCCACAUAACGAAUUCUUGUACCUCCCUCACUUCCCUCAGAAUGGAAUCUUGCACUAUGGUUUCGGCCGAAGCAUUCAUUUUGAUAGGACAGCGGUGCCAGUUUCUCGAGGAGCUUGACCUUACGGAGAACAAUAUUGACGAUGAAGGCCUGAAAUCCAUCUCGAGGUGCUCCCAACUUGCAAGCUUAAAGUUGGGAAUUUGCCCAAACAUAACUGACAAGGGGCUUAUCCAUAUUGGCAAUUGCUGUUCAAAACUUAUAGAACUAGAUUUGUACAGAUCUGCUGAAAUUACUGAUUCUAGUAUCUUGGCAAUCGCUCGUGGCUGCACGCUCAUUGAAACUAUCAACAUAGCCUAUUGUAAAAAUAUUACCGAUCGAUCAUUGGUGUCAUUGUCAAAGUGUUCAAAGUUGAAUACUCUAGAAAGCAGAGGAUGUCCUCUUAUUACAUCUUUCGGUUUAGCAGCUAUUGCUAUGGGAUGCAAGCAACUCACAAAAUUAGACAUAAAAAAGUGUCAAAAUAUUGAUGAUACCGGAAUGGUUCCUCUUGCUUACUUUUCUCAAAACCUCAGACAGAUAAAUUUGUCGUAUACCUCCGUUACAGAUGUAGGCCUAUUGUCCCUGGCAAAUAUAAGAUGUCUACAGAGUAUGACUGUUCUCCACCUCGAGUGUUUGACUCCCAGUGGACUAGCAGCCGCACUAUUAGCAUGUGGAGGACUAACGAAAGUGAAGCUUCCAUUAUCAUUCAAAUCAUUGUUGCCACCACCUAUUACCGAACAUUUGGAAUAUCGCGGCUGUGUUUUCCAAUGGAGAGACAAAGCAUUCCAGACUGACUAUGAUCCCAAAUCUUGGAAACUACAGUUAACCGAGGAGGAAUGA